AUGAUCGAGACAAUCAGCGCACAGGCCUUGUCGUUUGUGCGUUAUCACUCCGCAAGGUCUCAAUCAAACCAACACGAAAGAGUAUCUCCAAGGCCGUGUAUCGUCGAGUUAGACAAUGUUCUCACUCAGGAACAGCGAAAGUAUGAUGCGUUAAUUCACAUCAGGGAUGAACUUCUGCAGUUCUAUCAAGAGCUAGCCUCAGCACACCGGAUUUCUCGAACAGCCGCAUUGAGGACGGAUGAUACUGGCCGGAGCCUCUCCUCAUUGGCCUCUAAACAGAGCAAGAUCUAUAAAGUCCCGAAAAGAAGAACUCGGGGUCAUGCAGACGAGGCUCCUCGUUGUCAUAGUUGCAACCGUUCGGAAACACCAGAAUGGCGUCGUGGACCAGACGGCGCUCGAACUCUUUGCAACGCUUGUGGUUUACAUUAUGCAAAAGUGUCUCGACGAAUAGGCAAUUCUUCGACGCCGAACAAUGCUCCCGGUGCCGAGCUUGAAAACAAGUCUUGA